AUGUCCACCCACACAACCCCCCAUCUCGACAGGAAGGUGCUCCUCGCACUCGUCCCACUAGCCUCCCUCGCAGCUUCCCACGAAGGCAACCCCAACGCCCACGGACCUGUGAAUUUCUCUGAAAUUGCCGAAAGCAUUACGGCGGCAGCCACGACCUCUACAAGUGGAACUCAGCCGGCGUCAGCCAUCGAAACAAGCAACAGCAGCAGCAGCAGUCACUCAACGCACCUAACUCCUUCGCUUCUUCAUGGAAUCAUCCCAAGUGUCACCGCCUCUACUUCUACGUCCCCUACUCCGGAGGCGGCAGAUCAGACCAGGACGCAGACAGUUUGGGCCACUGUUGCCCAAGUGACAGAGAUAAUAAUUGUCAUCAAGACACUUCCACUUACUCCAGACCAUCAGGCUAGUGCUUCGGAUACCUCUACCUCGUCGUCAACGACAACAUCAAGUCAAAACACGGACACAGACCCCCUUGUGAUCAUCCCCGUCACUGGAACCGUGACUGACUUAAUCAACUACGACACCUACACUGCCCCCGCCUCUCUACCGCCCUUGCCUCCUCUUCUUCCUCCUCCCCGUCCCAAGGGUAGCGCCAGCAGCAAAUCGUCGUCGAUCUCGGAUGACGGCCCACUGGAAAUUAUACCUGUCACCGGUACGGUUACUGAUUUGGUGGAUUACGAGACUGUGAUGGUGCCGAGCGCUACUGCUACCACCGUAGUAGUUAUUCCUGUUUCUUCUGGGUCUGGGUCUGGGUCUAGCGGCAGUACAAAGAGUCAGGACGUGGGACAGAUGCUGGGACAUAUUCAGGGAAUGGGGGGACAGAGCAACAGUCGUGUGUUGGUACAUCCUACGGUGAGCGUGGGGGAUCGGUUGACGGUUGUUGUCAGUGGGAGUGACGGGAGGACUACUAUUACGAGGGAUUCUCCGGUGGCGAGUGCCAGUUCUAGUCCGGAAGCGAAAGGGGAAGGAAGUGGUGGUGAGUUUUGCAAGGAGGAGAAGGAGGAUGAAGAAUAA